AUGCCAGAGGUACACUCACCCACUCGAUUGCUCGCCACAUUUCUCGACUGCCUAACCGCCGAGAUUAUCCCUCGCACGACGCGAGGCGUUGCAGAGGGCAGUAAAGUCUUUGGUGCAGCGAUUUUACGAAAGGACGACCUUUCUCUCGUCAUCGCGGAGACGAACAAUGAGACGGAGUGUCCGCUAUAUCAUGGCGAGGUGCAUACCAUCAAGCGGUUUUACGAGAUUCCACCCCAAGAACGACCAUCCCCGAAAGAUUGCUUUUUCUUGACAACGCAUGAGCCGUGCUCACUGUGUCUCAGUGCCAUCACUUGGUCCGGAUUUGACAACUUCUACUACUUCUUCACGUACGAAGACACCCGGGAUGCCUUCAGCAUUCCGUACGACAUCGACAUCAUAGAGGAGGUCUUCCAGACACCCGCUGAGGGCGAGUCUCCCGAGUCCCGACCCGGUCGCCCGUUGUACAAUCGCAAGAACAAGUUCUUCGAGGCAACGUCUUUCGCGGAGUUACUGGAGAACGUCAAAGAUGAGGUAGACAGGGCUGCGUUUGCGGCAACGAUAAUGGACAUCAAGCAGCGGUAUGCUGCGUUAUCGAGAGAAUACCAAAGUCAGAAAGGUGUCGCGGAUACUAUUGUAUUCCAGUAG